GUACAGCACCAGCAAUGGCAAUGAGCUGAUUCUUCUUGAAUAACUUUGUUUUGUAUGGUUACCUGACACAUGGAACCGACAUUCCCCCACGCAAAGUGUCCAUUUAAUCCUGCACAAUAAACCCCCUGCUGCCCCCCCUGCUCUCUUCCCACUCGGUUGCAGCUCGGCCGGACUCCUUCUUCAUUUUUUGGGAUCCCGAGCCGGGUACCACAGGGCAGCUGUGAUAAGUACCGUAUGGGAGCACAAAUUCCCAACAAACAAACAUCUUUCCCGUGUUUGUGGUUUCCCAGCACCCGGGUUACGUCUGAGAAUGGACGGGAUAUAUCCCCUGCACAACUUGGCAGGGACUGUGGCAGCCGUCACAACAAAACCUGCUCUCCUGCUUGUUCUUGUCCCUCUUGUCAGCAUUGUGCUAUGGUAUGUCACCUCCUACCUGGCGUCACCUCUGCGCAGAUAUCCAGGACCGCCCCUCGCAGCAUGGACGAACUACUGGCGCAUGUACCACGCUCAUGGCGGCUCCAUGCAUGUGGUAUCGAAGAAGUUGCACGACAAGUACGGACCUGUCGUUCGGAUGGCGCCGAAUUAUCUGGAUCUCGACUACUCCUCCUUGAUCAAGACUUGUUUUGACAGGAAUGGGGUUUGGAGGAAGACCGAGUGGCAUGGCGUAAGCGGCGUCAAGAUGGGACCCCAUAUCUUCUACAACAUCUUCAGCGAGACAGACCCGGUCGAGCACGCACGCAUAAAGAAGCCCAUUGCCAAGUACUUCACCACCUCCGGGGUCCUGCCGAUGGAGCCACACGUCGAUACCGUCUUGUCCUACUUAGUCAAACAGCUUGAGAAGAAGUCGGCCGAGGCGGGCCAGGAGAUGGGUGCGCCCUUUGACUUUGGCGAGUGGGUCAUGUACUAUGCAUGGGACGUGGUCGGUCAAGCGACAUUCGGCAAGCCGAUCGGCUACCUCGAGCACGGCUGCGACUUCGACGGCACGCUCAAGGUCUCAGAAAAGGCGAUGCACUACCUCGUGACGAUAGGGAUGCAGUACAAGCUCGACAACCUCCUAGACAAGAACCCAAUCUUCCGCAUCGGCCCGCCCUCCUUCGGCAACAUCACGGCCGUGGCAAUGGGCCACCUAAUGAGCCGCUACGCCGGCACCGACGGGCACGACGCGGCGCAGCCCGACUUCCUCGACCGCUACAUCGAGGCCAAGAAGCUGCACCCGGACGACGUCGACGACAACCGCAUCCUGUCAUACCUGCUCGUCAACCUCGCCGCCGGCGCGGACACCACCGCCGUCAGCCUCAAGUCCGUCUUCUACCUCAGCGUCAAGCACCCCCGGGUCUGGAAGCGCCUGCAGGCCGACAUCCUCGCCGCCCCGUUUGCGAGCAAGGGGACGCUGCAUCUCCCCGCGCCGUACGCCCAGACGCGCGCCAUCCCGUACCUCGAAGCCGUCAUCCGCGAGGCACUGCGCCUGUACCCCGGCAACUGCUUCCCGCAGGAGAGGUACGUGCCCGCGGGCGGGCUGAGGCUGCCGGACGGGUCGCUCGUGGCCGAGGGGACUGCGGUGGGGUUCAACGCGUACGUGCUGCACCGGAACAAGGAGGUGUGGGGGGAGGAUGCAGAGGAGUUCCGGCCCGAGCGGUUCCUGCGGGGAGUGGAAGAGUCGGAGGAGGAGUUCAAGGCGCGGAUGACGCGCCUGAAUAACUGCGACUUGUCGUUUGGCGAGGGGAGCCGCAAGUGUAUUGGGAUGAAUCUGGGUAUGAUGGAGGUGUAUAAGACGGUGGCUACGCUGAUUGCGCGCUUUGAGUUCGAGCUGGCUGACCCGGAGGCGGAAUGGACGAUUCACAACAGGCUGUUCCCCGCGCAGUCGGGUGUGAUUAUGCGGAUUAGGAGGCGGCCUGGUAUGAGACUGGUUGAUGAGUAAUGGUAUAUCUAGAAUCUGCAGAUCUGGCUGUGUGUCAGGAUCGAAAACCAUGCUGUACACAGCUGACAUUGGAAGUGCACACUAGCCAGACCAACACUGGCUCUCACGAAGAGUGGUUCCUGCCCGUUCUUGUUGUGUACGGUCUUGCAAAUAUGCUU